AUGGAAGGUGUUGGGGAGAAGAGAUAUGCUUUAUUGAUGGCUGCAAGGGACUCUGAUUAUGUGAAGAAAGUGUAUGGUGGCUACUUUAAUGUGUUUCUUAAUGCAUUUGGAGAUGAAGGGGAAACAUGGGAGCUGUUUAGGGUUGUUGAUGGAGUAUUCCCUGACUUUGAUGAGCUUCAUAAGUACCAUGGUUUUGUAAUCAGUGGUAGUCCUUAUGAUGCUUAUGGGAAUGACCCAUGGGUCUUGACUCUUUGCUCUCUGCUGAGAAAACUGGACUCCAUGGGGAAGAAGGUGCUUGGAAUAUGUUUUGGCCAUCAGGUUUUGUGCCGAGCAUUGGGUGGUAAGGUUGAGAGAGCUUGUGGUGGAUGGGACCUAGGGUUGAGGAAAGUCAACAUGAUUGGGGAGUUACCCCCUUGUAGCAUCUUUGAUGGUUUACAGGAAAUUCCAUCUACCCUCACUAUUAUUGAGUGUCAUCAGGAUGAGGUGAGGGAGGUCCCUACUGGAGCUAAAGUGAUAGGGUUUUCGGACCAGACGGGAGUGGAGAUGUUUGUUCUUGACCACCACAUAUUGGGGAUUCAAGGCCAUCCUGAAUACACCAAAGACAUCUUAUGUAAUAUAAUUGAUCGUCUUGCUAACAAUAACUCCAUUAAGAAGGAAUUUGGUGAGAUUGUGAAAUCGAGAUUGGAGAUUGCUGAACCAGAUAGGAAGUUUUGGUUGAAGAUUUGCAAGAACUUUCUCAAGGGGGGACAGAUGUUGUGUUAACUUUUUUUUUUUUUUUUUUUGAAUAAAAAUAUUGU